AUGGAAGCCAGAGAUACAACACCAGACAACGCCUCUCUCUCUCUCUCUCUCUCUCUCUCUCUCUCUCUCUCUCUCCAUGGGAAGCAGGUUCUUGGCCUUGUCUGGGUGGGUUUUGAUAGUAGUACUAAGUGUACCUCUUCCUGCGGCAAUAUCCACAACAUAAGCUAUCCUUUCCGACUAAAACAUGAUCCAAAGCACUGCGGCAAUGUAAUGUAUACUCUGUCCUGUGAGAACAACAUUACACUUGUUGUAGACCUACCUCCUUCAGGAAAGUACUAUGUCCAGGCAAUCAACUACCACACCCAAACAAUCCGACUCGUAGAUCCUGGCCUCCAGAACAACAAUUGCUCCUCCAUGCCUCAAAAUUUUCCACCUUUUUUUAGAGAUCCAUAUAGUGUACAUAAUAUAUCAGAUUUACUGCUUUCGACACGUGUACUGCUUUCGACACCUGCACUGCUUUCGACACCUGUAUUUUACAUCAAGUGUUCGAAUCCAGUGAAUUCUUCUCUGUACGUGGACACUGCUCCGUGCUUGAAUAUCAAUGCUUCUUCUUUGGUUCAACAAAAAACGUACAGUUAUGUGAAGGUUGGGGUUAUGGAAGUGGGGGAUUUGAACGAGGGUUGCAGUGCAGAGUGGUCGGCUUUGGCGCUCUUGAACUACUCUAAGGGCUACAAUACCUCUUAUGAAUCCAUACACAGCGCCCUCAUGUAUGGCUUUGAGCUUGGAGUAUUUUGGCCUGAUGAAAUACCUCCCAUCUGCCAUGGCCAAUGGAGUUCUAAUCUUAAAUGUUUUCCACACACCAUCCCAGGUUUCUUUCGAUUUCUAUGCGAGGCUAUUUAUGCUUUCUUUUUUCGUGGACACGUGUACAUUGGGAAACCUCGAUGGUUUCCGUUCAAAAACAUCAGAAGUGGAUGGGUGCCACUCAUUUGCUUGGGUUUAUUUUUUUCAGCAAGACUAAUUUUUGGGGUUCCAUGUCUGAUUGCGUUCGUGAUCUAUAAAUGGCGAAGAAGACAUUUGUCGAGUUAUAGCAUCAUAGAAGAUUUUCUACAAAGUGAUAGCAACUUUUUGCCAAUAAGGUACUCUUACUCAGAAAUUAAAAAGAUGACUAGUAAGUUUAAGAAGAAGUUAGGUGAAGGCGGUUAUGGCUCUGUAUUCAAAGGGAAGUUGCGCAGUGGCCGUUUUGUAGCAAUUAAACUCUUGGGCAAGGCCAAAGGUAACGGGCAAGACUUCACAAGUGAGGUAGCUACCAUUGGAAGGAUUCACCAUGUUAAUGUGGUGCAACUUGUUGGUUAUUGUGUUGAGGGAUUAAAUCGUGCUCUAGUAUAUGACUUCAUGCCAAAUAGCUCUCUUGAUAAAUAUAUUUAUUCCAAAUUGGAAAACAUGCCUUUAAGUUGCAAGAAAAUGUACGAGAUUUCUCUCGGAGUGGCUCGAGGGAUUGAAUAUCUGCAUCAAGGUUGUGACAUGCAAAUUCUACAUUUUGAUAUCAAGCCUCAUAACAUUCUUCUUGAUGAGAACUUUAACCCAAAGAUUUCUGACUUCGGGCUUGCGAAAUUAUAUUCCGUAGAUAAUAGCAUUGUCUCUUUGACGGCAGCAAGGGGAACAAUGGGCUAUAUUGCUCCUGAGUUGUUCUACAAAAAUAUUGGAGAUGUUUCAUACAAAGCUGAUGUCUAUAGUUUUGGAAUGUUGCUUAUGGAAAUGGCAAGCCGAAGGAAGAAUUUCAGUUCAAUGGGAGGGCGUUCAAGCCAAACUUACUUCCCAUUAUGGGCGUACGACCAAUAUGACAAGGGAAAUGACUUGGAGAUGGGAGAUUUUAAUGAGGAGGAAAAGAAAAUCAUAAAAAAGAUGGUUAUAACUGCAUUGUGGUGUAUUCAAAUGAAGCCAAGUGAUCGGCCUUCCAUGAACAAAGUCAUAGAAAUGCUAAGAGGAGAUGUUGAAUGCCUAAAAAUGCCUAUCAGACCUUUUCUGUAUCCACAGGAGAUGCAUGUAGGUGAUGUUCAAGAAAAUUUGAACUUAUUAGGUUCCAACGGGGAGUUAACAUGGACUUUGUCAGCUAGGUGAUCAUCAAAUUUUUAGAAAAUGCAAUCAUUUAUUGUUUUUUUUGUGGGAGGACCUACACACACCAGUGCUAGGACUCCCAAUGACCUUGCCUAAGGGAGCAAUUGUUUCAAACCACUACACUAGUGGCUCCUUUGCAUGGAAUAAUUUAUUGUUAAACUCUGGCUUCCUACUA